AUGGAAUAAGAAUUUAAUUUAUAAUUUGUAGAUUUUCAAUAUACUCCUUAGCAAUUUGAAAGUUCAGACACAGAGGAAAGCAAAUAAUAAUAAUAAAGUACUGAUUAUAAUUCAGAUGAUUAUUUGGAAAAUUCUUCUAAGCAGACAUAAGCUAGAGAUUUAGUUGUCUAAAAUAAAUAGCCAAAUUGGAAUUAUGUUUAUAUAAAUCCUAAUUUAAAUGAUUUCAACCAAACAUUCAGUUUGUUUAAUGGGUUCACAGUAACUAAUGAAGGAGCUAUAAGAUUUAAUUACAUUUUAGAUUAAGUCAGCUUCGGAUAUUGGCAAUAAAAAGUAUUAUAAGUAGCAGAAUUACAUAAAUUAGGUAUUGUUGACAUAUCAUAUUCUAGAGAUAAAAUGUAUAAAAAUAAUUAAUAUUCAGAAGCUUUAAACUUCUUAAAAUAUGUGCCUAAUUUAGAUUUUCAAAAAGUAUCAGCCGUAUUGACAUAAACAGAACAAGUAAUUAAAGGACUAAAAGCAUUUUUGUAAAGUGUGGUUCCAGAAGAUAUGAGAGAUGUAAAAGAUUUAGAGUAUUAGUUAUACUUGAAACAUUGUUUUACCUACCUAGAAUAUUUUUGCUAAAAUAACCCAAACUAAAUGUUUUAUUAUGCUAUAUUACGUUUUAAUUUGCAUGAAGGUGACUCAGAAAUAGCUCAUACAGGAUACUCCAAGUCAUAUCUUCAAUUAUUAGGUAUUGAAAGCAGCUCUCUCAGCUAGAUAAUCAUGAGAAAUAAGAGGGUAGAUUUGAUAAAAGAUAAAGUAGACAUUUCUUUGAUAGGAUUAUAAGGAGUGCUUAACAUGACUGCUAAUUUAAAAGAGGAGUACUAUGAAUCCUAAAUUAAUACAUUUGAUGGAUUUCCUAUUAAACUAAAAUUUAAAAGAUAGCAUGUCAAUCAUGGGUUUGAGGCAAAUAAAAUACCUUUAAUUGAAUGCUAGUAUGGAUUUGUAAUUGUAGAAAUAGAUGUAGAUAUGUAUGAUUUGUAAUAACUUAUCGAAUAUAGAUAAAGGUUAAUCUAAAACCAGCUAAAUUAUGAGGACUAUUUGAAAAAAGAAUUAUCUCUUCUUUAUGAAGAUGUUGAAUAUUCAGUCUAAUCAUAAAUUUUCAUAGAAAAGUACUAUGUUUAAAAUAUUGAAUAAUUAAAAGAAUUAAAAUCUCAAAAACUUAAAGAUAGAUACCAAUACAAUUAUAAAAUGCUUACCAUGUGA